CAGAGCCGAUUGCGCUAAACGUCAUCCCGAUCUGACAGCACGUAAACAAAACGACAUACAUCCACGUAUCGGUCCGGAAUGGGAAAAUAAUCCGUGAGAAAAAUACGCCAGCCCCCUUGUUCAACAGUUUGCAAAUGCGAUCUUAUCAACGAAUUAAGUGCGAUGGAAACGAGUGCAGUAUAUCGCGCCGUGUGAACCCCUUGUUUGCGCCCUGCGUGUGAGCGCGCUUCGUUCUAAACUAUUCCAAUGCUCAAUUCCGAUGGCAGGUUACGGACAUGUAGCGAUGAUAGUGGCUAGUUGCGGUGGUAAUCAUCAUACAUUCGGCGUGUGGUGCUAUCGGUGCACGGAGUAGCAGCAUAGUAAGGUUGCAAUUGUAUUUAGCGGGUAGCAGUAGUCGCAAGCAACUCAAUUUACGCGCGGUGUUUUGUGUGGCAAAAGCCAAAACGUGCAGGCGGCACCACUCACUCGCCUGUACACACAUCAGUCGAAAGGUGGCUUGAAAGCAGGGUUUUGUUCUUAGUGCGUAGCGCCGCACACGUACGUGUGGCGAUCGACGGUGCAUUAGUUGUGGGGAGUAUUUCAAAUUUCGCAAGCGUGCGAUAACGGCGUCAUGCGGCCACGUAAGACAAUUUUGCUCAUCGGCGUGCUGGUCAUCUGGGUGCUGAUGACUUAUCUAGCGUUUAUGCGCUCCGUCCGGGUAACGGAUGGUUCGCGCCCACGGCCCGCCUUUCCCAGCAAACUGAUGCUGGAAAAGGUGCAACACUUUGAGCAGAAUCUAAAGAGCUUUUCCGAGAACCGGCAGAAUCUGUACCGAGACAUCAUAAAUAUUUUGCGCCGCGAGGACAAGGUACCGAGUGUUCCGGCGCAGGUCAUUCCCGCCAUACCAUCACAAGAAUCUCCCGGGCUCGCUAAUGAGGAAGGAGAAACGGCGAAGGAACGAAGUGCGGAUGUUGAAGACGAAACGAAAGGUGUUCUCGGUGUACCCGCACCACUGGCACCGAUCCCGGAAGCUGAAGAUGGACGACCCGAAGUCGAGCGCAUCUUGAGCAAAUUUCAGCAACGUUAUCUCAACAAUGAUCCAGCCUUUCCCGUGAUCCCGGUCGUUGUGUUCGCUUGUAAUCGCAUCUCUGUCAACAAGUGUCUGGACGAUCUGAUACGCUAUCGGCCAAGCCCGGACCAGUUCCCGAUAAUUGUGUCACAAGACUGUGAUGAUGAGGCGACCCGGAACACGAUCCUUUCGUACCGGGACGAGGUGACGCUCAUACAGCAACCGGACCAAUCGGACAUUCCCGUACCGCCGAAGGAGAAGAAGUACAAGGGUUAUUACAAAAUUGCGCGCCACUAUGGGUGGGCGUUGCGGGCCGUGUUUGGCCAAGGGUUCGAUUCGGUAAUACUGGUCGAGGACGAUCUGAGCGUGGCACCGGACUUUUACGAGUACUUCCUCGGCACGUAUCCGAUUUUGAAGCGUGACAAAUCACUGUGGUGUGUGUCGGCGUGGAACGAUAACGGGAAGGAUGGAUUAAUCGAUAGUACGGCGCAUGAUCUGCUCUACCGGUCCGAUUUCUUCCCCGGGCUGGGCUGGAUGAUGACGAAGGAUCUGUGGGACGAGCUGGAACCGAAGUGGCCGAAAGCGUUCUGGGAUGAUUGGAUACGGCAGCCAGAACAGCGUAAGGAACGCGCCUGUAUACGGCCCGAACUGCCGCGGACGCGAACGUUCGGCAAGAUAGGUGUAUCCAAUGGUCUCUUCUUCGACAAGCAUCUGAAGUACAUCAAGCUAAGCGAAGAGUUUGUGAGCUUCACCAAAAACAACCUGUCCUAUCUAGUAAAGCCUGCCUACGACGACGCUUUCCUGAAAGCCGUCUACCAAAGCACGGUGGUAACGUUGGAUGAGCUGAAGCGUGGCAUGGUAAUGACCCGGGAACCGAUUCGCAUAACGUACCACACCAAAGAACAAUACAAACGGGCCACCAAGAAUCUCGGCCUGAUGGACGAUUUUAAGAGCGGUGUACCACGGACGGCUUACCGGGGCAUAGUUUCGUUCUUCUACAACGGACAGCGCGUUUAUCUGGCACCCAGCGCUAACUGGAAGGGGUACGAUCUCACCUGGAGUUAACAGAGCGCUCCACUGCCCAGCCUGAUCUAGCGGCGUAGCAUUGUUAUCGUUUUGCUGCGCAACCUGUUUCGAGGUGCAUUCGCUUCCGUGAAGAACUGACUUUUCUUACCACACUCGCGCGGGGCCAGCGAAACACACACACACACACAGACACUCAGCAGACACAUUUAAGUGGCAUUUGUUUUAGCGGUAAUCGUUGAAGUAUGUUUAAUUUGGGUCUCACAGAUUUCAAUGCUCAUCACCAGCGGUAGGUGGGAUGGCAAAAUUUUAAAACGAUUGCAUCCGGAAACGUGCGAUUCGGUUCCCCUGUAGCGUUGACAGGUUUUAGUUAAAUUUUUUCGUUGAAAUCGAACAACACGUGUGAAUCAUUCCUAUGCUCUUGAGGUACUUGCAAAUAUAGGUUAAGGUUUUUGAAAACGGAAAAAAAGGUUCAUACUCCUAGUAAACAAAUCGGUGAAGCUAACAGGAGCUCGAAGUGAUUGAAACAAUCAGCUUACAGGAUUAAGUUUAUUGAGUUAGGUUAUUUAAAAUGCUAUUUUAAUGUUUUGUUUCAAUGAAACGACACUACAGAAAAAAACUACUACAGGAAGCCAAGAGUAUAAAGAUCAUUAUUUUAAACCAUUUUCUCAUAUCAAUAGUAUCCAGCUAAUCUUUGCUGGCUGCAAUUCAACGGCUUUUUUUUCCUCUGUUAAACAACUCACUAUCAAACACAGUUCCUCGCUAUCACUUCUGCCUUACGUUCCUUUUUCCGUGCAACAUCUUGCAAUAUCUGUAACACCAAAUCUUUUUCCCUACGCCCGGAUUGGACUCGCUAAGCAUGGGUUUGUGAUGCAGUCUUGCGAGGUGCAACCAAUAGAUUGUAAGCAGCAGGUGCAUAAAGAAAAAGAACACAUACAGCGCAUAAGCGCUGCAGCAGCUAGUCAGAUGAGAGAGAGUAUGUGAUUAUGGGGGGUACGACAAAAAGGGGACGACCAAACCAGAGGGUCGCCACAGUGCAGCUCAAUAAAAAAAGAUCGUCAGAGCUAAACACUAAGCCGAACACAAACAAAUUGCGUCAACAAACGAACAAGCAAGCAAUAGCUUUCGGCUCGCUCUUUUAGAACGUGUGCGUGUGUUGUGAGGGGUUUUAAACUAAAUCGUAGCAAAAUUGCAUGACGUAAAACACCGACGGUAGGAACAAUCGUUAGUCAUUUGGCGGCAAGUGUUGUUGCUAGAGGCGUAAGUCAGAAGGUAGAAGGAUAAAUGAUCAUUAUAAAUGCUAAGAGUGCAACAAAUCUCGAUCGCAACACAUGGCGCUACACACCGCUCAACCUACACGCAUUGUACGCGUCCGUGCGUGGUGUCUGUUGUAAAUAGCGGCAAACACUGAAAAGGGGUAGCAUUUUUAACUAUUUAGAUAAAGAGGCAAACUCAAACACACCGAAACUGUACGUGUCAAAUAGCAGUCGAUUCGAUUCGAAGGACUAAAAUCAGUAAUUAGCAACAAUCAUAUUAGUGCAAACGAAGGGCAUGCAAAAGAAACUAACCAAAAAACGAAAGGGAAUGGUGUUUGUGUCAUCUGGAUAUAACUGUGGUGUCACCAUCUUGUUUCAUGCCUACACACUGGUGAACAACACACGAAAUUGUGUGCAACGUUGUAAAUAAAUCAAAGCUCUGUGUAGCUCUCGUGUUACUGUA